CGGUAGACCUUAUCAUCGGCGUUUAUGCACCCUCCCUGCCUCCGUCAGAUCACAUGUCUCGUCCGCCCCGGCGCCGGCACCGGCCCCGUCAUCUCUCCGUCGGCGUCCAGAUCUACCGCCGAGCACCCCCAGCAUCCACCCCAUAAAUUGGAUACCUACCUCAGCCCACUGAGCCCAGUCGCCCCAGGCCUGAAACCCUCCACUACAGCCUACUGUACAGGUACUGAGGUACAUACCUACUCACUGGCGCGAGAAACGAUGACCCUGGUCGCCGAUCCACGACGACCUCCCACCUCUCAUGCGCCAUGCAGUGCUUGAGAACUUCGCCUUCGUCCGUCUGUCGCAAAUUUGCUGUACACGGUCGAUUGCAUUCUCGUAUACGGCUUGCCUCUCGGUCCCUUAGAAUGGCUUCGACUUUACCUCGGCUACCCAUAUUCGAAGCCAUUGCCAAACAUGACCCUCAGUCAACAGCAGUCGUACAUUCGGUGUCUGGUAGACGGUUCAAGUACGGAGAUCUGCUGAAGGAUGUCGCAGCUGGGAAGGAUAGGCUGGUUGAAGAAGCCAAAGGGCAUUCCGUAGAGGGCCAGAGGAUAGCAUUUCUGGUGGAAAAUAGCUAUGACUAUGUAGUAACUCUACUGUCUAUUCUCAGUGUGCACUCAAUUGCACUCCCUCUGUCCCCUGCCUUUCCAGCGCACGAACUGCAAUAUAUUCUGGACCACAGCCAAGCUUCAAUGCUACUAUCGUCUGCAAAAUUCGAGAAUAAGGCGGAAGAGGUUCUGAGACAGAAUUUGGAAGCAAGGCCAAAGCAUGUUAAACUCGAGAAGAAGCUCGGUGGUAGUGCUUGUAGUAAGGUAUUUCUCGAGGAGCCCACGGAUGGCAAUGGAGGAAUGAUGUUGUACACUUCUGGGACGACAAGUAGACCCAAAGGUGUACUACUCCCGGCAUCUGUUCUAACAGCCCAAGCAAGUUCUCUUACCACAGCAUGGAACUAUUCUCCUAAAGACCACCUUCUCCACGUCCUCCCCCUCCACCACAUUCACGGCACCGUGAAUGCCAUCCUAGCACCGCUCCUCGCUGGCUCAACUAUCGAGUUCCUAUUCCCUUUCAACGCAACCGCAGCCUGGACUCGCUUCGCGGCCCCUUUCCUGAACUCCCCCAAAAUAGCCGAACCUAUCACUUUCUUCACCGUCGUCCCAACAGUAUACAAUCGCCUUUUGAGCACAUUCAAAGACCUUCCACCGGAAGUUCAGACCGCAGCGAAGAAAUCAAUUUCCCCAGAACACCUCCGUUUAAACAUCUCCGGGUCCGCAGCCCUCCCAACACCAACGAAGAGAGCCUGGUCCGAUCUCAGCAAUGGCAAUGUCCUCCUGGAGCGCUACGGCAUGACGGAAGUAGGCAUGGCGCUCUCCUGCGGUCUCUCGAACGCUGACCGCGUAGAUGGCUCUGUAGGCUGGGCGCUCCCAGGCGUGGAAGUACGUCUCGUUGAUACUGAAACUAAUGAAGUGAUUCAGCCAGGCGAGGAGCUGGACAAGAACGGCAAAGAGCGCGACGGCGAGAUUCAGUUGCGUGGUCCAACGAUAUUCAAGGAGUAUUGGGGAAACAAGAAAGCUACAUUGGCGGAACACGUUGACGGCGACGACGGGAAGGGCCGCUGGUUCAAAACCGGCGAUGUAGCUGUCCGGCGAGAUGUUCCAAGUGCGGGACACAGUGAGCAAGAGUGGGCUCGAGGUCCAAUGUUUUUCAUCCGCGGGCGCAAAAGUGCUGAUAUCAUAAAAUCGGGCGGUGAGAAGGUCAGCGCGCUUGAAGUAGAGCGUGAACUACUUUCUCUGCCUCAAGUGGCUGAAGCCGCAGUCGUUGCCGUACCGUCAGGCAAAUGGGGCCAGAAAGUUGGCGCAGUAAUAAUGCUCAAUAAGGACGCAGAGGGAAAGAGAGGGAAAUGGGGUCCUAUGGAUAUGCGUCGAGCAUUAAAGGAACGCUUGGCCAACUAUAAGAUUCCGCAGGUUAUGAGAGUGGUUGAUGAGAUUCCAAGGAAUGCCAUGGGAAAGAUUAAUAAAAAAGAACUUGUCAAACAAGUGUUUGCUGAAGACGCGAGCGGUGACGAGCUGUAAGAUAAUGGAAAGAUAAACGUUAGAGAAAAUAGAAUAGGGUAGAUGACGUUGGGGACUCAAGAUUUGUACAUAAGAAGAUGGUCUACGCAGUCAUCUCUGUUCCCACACCUACCUAGGUAGGUCUUGUGAUCAUGCGAAAAGUCAAUUCUUAUUACAGCCUGGGCUUGUGAAGCACCUCUUAGACUUGACUGUUGCGCAUCAGCAUAACACA